AUGCAGGCUUUCUUGUGCUUGCAUGAAGAUGGCCAGGAUGCUUGCCCGAAUCACGUCCAUGACUGCCGGCAGCUGACCUUGUCGUUGGGUGCAGAAAGGUUCGUGGCCGUGGAGGGGGAGAGGAUGCUGAUGAGGCAUGGCGAUGUCAUGAUCUUGGACGGAGAGCGGCAUGGAGUUCCUGCCGACCAGGGCAGGCCCACGCAAAGCCGGGUUUCGGUAAACAUCUUCUUUACGACCGGCACCGACCAGACUGCCCGGCCGGUGAGUGUGAACCACCGGACGGGAUCUGGCUAUCAGACGAGUGGCAAAGGUCGCGGCGGAAAAGGCCACAGCAAGAGCAGACAG